AUGUCGUUCGGUCGUGAUAAAUUGUGCACAUUGCUAUAUUGGUGGUCUGGGAUGCCGAAUCAUCAGGUGAACUAUGUCACAGUGUGCUUCCACUUGCUCUUCUCAAUCCUACUGCUCUUCGCAAUGUAUUCUGUCGAGGUUCUAGCCGAUCCACACAGCAACGAUAAGCUUGAAAAGAAGAGUUUUAUGAGAUUUGGAUGA